AGCAAGUAGAAGAAAGUCGGAGACAUUGCAGAGAAACAAAAAAAAAAUCCCAAAACCAAAAAAAAAAAGUUUCCAUUUCCAUCAAAAUCUCUCAUUUUUUCUCCAUAAAUAUUUGCUUCUGAUUAGAAAUUUAGAAACCCUUUUCUCCAAAUUCUGGUUUCGGAGUUUUAAUUGGCUAAAGAUUCUUCCUUUUUGACUCCUCCGUUGAUCUCACUCUCUCCGUCUCUCUUCUCCGAUUUCUUCAUCACUGAUUUUGGAUAAAGAUUACAUCUUUCUCUCACGUUAUUUGUGAAGCAGUGAUCAAUCUCCAUGUAAGUGAAGAAAGAUUCUAUCUUUGAGGAAUUUUCUUUUUGGGUCUUCUCAAUUCGAAAUAGAAACUGUGAGAUUGAGUCAAAGGGUUUUGGGGGAUUGUGUGUGUGCUUGAGGGUUUUUGAAGAAAUUAGGUAUGCCAGAAAAUAAUAUGGUGCCAAAGGGAAAUGAGACAGACGACGGUGAAGUGGGACUUGAUACGACGUCGUUUGAACAAGUUCAGCAACAACAGAAGAAACUGGUUAUUGGGUAUGCUUUAACUUCUAAAAAGAAGAUGAGUUUCUUGCAACCCAAGCUUGAAGUUCUUGCUAGGAAAAAAGGCAUUUCCUUUGUUUCAAUUGACCAGGACAAGCCACUCUCCGAACAAGGCCCAUUCGAUGUAGUUUUGCAUAAGUUGCUGGGAAAUGAGUGGCAUGAUGUUAUUGAGGAUUACCAGCAAAAACAUCCAGAAGUGACUGUGCUUGAUCCUCCAUGUGCAAUCCAGCGUAUAUAUAAUCGACAAUCAAUGCUCCAGGGCAUUGCUGAUAUAAAUCUUGCAGAUUGCGAUGGCAUGAUAUGUGUUCCAAAACAAAUGGUGGUAUUAAAAGAUACAACAUCUAGCGCUAAUGAAGUAGCAGAAGCCGGUCUAAAAUUUCCAUUAGUUGCAAAGCCACUUUUGGUUGAUGGAACUGCAAAGUCACAUCAAUUGUUUUUAGCCUAUGACCACCUCUCGCUUGCAGAGCUUGAACCCCCUUUGGUUCUUCAAGAAUUUGUGAAUCAUGGUGGAGUUCUCUUCAAGGUUUUUGUUGUUGGUGAUGUGAUAAAAGUGGUCCGUCGGUUUUCUCUACCCAAUGUAAGCAAUUGUGAGAAAGACAAAGUUGCUGGUGUAUUUCAAUUCCCGAGGGUAUCAUCUUCUGCAGCUUCAGUAGACAAAACAGACUUGGACCCUCGUGUUGCUGAGCUACCUCCAAAGCCUUUGCUCGAGGGGCUUGUGAGAGAAUUACGAAACCGAUUGGGACUCAGGCUGUUCAACAUAGAUAUGAUCAGAGAACAUGGGAGCAGAGAUGUGUUUUAUGUCAUUGACAUUAACUAUUUUCCUGGGUAUGGAAAGAUGCCGGAUUAUGAGCAGGUGUUCAUCGAUUUCUUCAUGAGUCUAGCACAAGCGAAGCAUAAUAAGAUACAGUGUGUGAGCUGAAAUAGUGUUGAGAUGAUAUAGUUAUGUACAAAAAAUAGCUCCAUGUUGCUAGCCAUUAGCAAAAAGAACAAGUUUUGAUUAGUGAUCACCACUGUUUCUUUCAGCAAAAUUGUGUGUUUUUCAUCACAGCAUGUUUCUCUCUAAAGAUAAAUCAAAUAUUUUCUUUUUCCUA